AUGUAUCAAGACCUUAAGUUAAUGUUUUGGUGGUCUGGGAUGAAGAAGGAUAUUGCGGAUUAUGUCUCGCGCUGUUUGACUUGUCACAAGGUUAAAAGUGAGCAUAAAAGACUAGGAGGGUUACCGCAACCUUUGGAGAUACCGACGGAUGGGCAGACGAAACGAACAAAUCAGAUUUUAGAUGAUAUGUUGCGCGCUAUUGCCAUGGAAUGGCAAGGGUCGUGGGAUGAACAAUUGGACUUGGUCGAGUUUUCUUACAACAACAGUUAUCAGAUGACUGAGAAAGUAAGGUUGAUAAGGGAUCGUUUGAAAGCGGCACAGGAUCGUCAAAAGUCUUACGCUGAUUUAAAGCGACAACCAGAAGAGUUCAUCGUGGGUGAACGGUUAAAGCGAUAUCAUGUCGCAGCCUCUCAUGUCUUAGAUCCCGAACCUUUAGAUUUGGAUACAUCUUUGUCUUACUCUGAGCAACCGGUUAGAAUCUUGGACACGAAGGUCCGUAUUACACGACGGAAGGAUAUAUUUAUGGUAAAAGUUCUGUGGUCAAAUCACGAGCGUGAAGCGGCUACAUGGGAAACGUAG